UUGUCAAAUUUGUCAAUGUCAAUGUCACCAUCAGACCGACCCCUCCCUCCCUUCGUCUACCGCUAUCUUUCUCUCAAAAGUUCCAACCAUGGCGGCCGGGGUACUUUACACCUAUCCAGAAAACUUCCGUGCAUACAAGGCGUUGAUCGCCGCACAGUACUCAGGAGCAGACCUGAAAGUAGCCCCUAACUUUGUGUUCGGUGAAACGAAUAAGUCAGCUGAGUUCUUGAAAAAGUUUCCAGCCGGUAAAGUUCCUGCCUACGAAAGUGCUGACGGCAAGGUACUACUAUCUGAAAGCAAUGCUAUUGCUUACUAUGUAUCCAAUGCUGCACUGCGAGGCUCAGACGCGGCCACACAGGCGCGCAUUUUGCAAUGGGCCUCCUGGGCUGACAGUGAGCUCCUGCCCGCAUCCUGUGCCUGGGUCUUCCCUUAUCUUGGUAUCAUGCAGUUCAACAAACAGAAUGUAAAUCGUGCGAAGCAGGACCUGUUGGCGGCACUGAAAGUACUGGACGCGCACCUGCUCACUCGCACCUUCCUCGUCACUGAGCGUGUUACCCUGGCCGACAUCAUCGUGUUCUGCACGCUCAUCCACGCCUUCCAGCACGUGCUGGAGCCGGAGCUGCGCAAGGAGCUGGGCUGCGUGUCGCGGUGGUUCAGUACGCUGGCGGCGCAGCCGGCCGUCGCCGCCGUGCUGCCCCCGCCCACGCUCUGCCAGGCGCCUCCCUCUGUGCCCGCCGCCAAGAAGGAUUCUGGAGACAAGAAGGAAAAGAAACCUGAAAAAAAGGAACAACAGCCUAAGAAGAAGGAGGAGCCGGCACCAGAACAGGCUGAAGAAAUUGAUGAGAAAUCCAAUGAGACUUUCAACAUGGAUGACUUCAAACGUUGUUAUUCUAAUGAAGAUGAGGCCAAAUCCAUCCCCUACUUUUGGGAGAAGUUUGAUCCUGAAAACUAUUCCAUCUGGUAUGCUGAAUACAAAUACCCCGAGGAGCUUGCCAAAGUCUUCAUGAGCUGCAACCUUAUCACUGGCAUGUUCCAGCGACUGGACAAGAUGCGUAAGAUUGCGUUCGCGUCGGUUUGUCUGUUCGGGUCGGACAACGACUCCAGCAUCUCAGGCGUGUGGGUGUGGCGCGGCCAGGACCUCGCCUUCACGCAGUCGCCCGAUUGGCAGAUCGACUACGAGUCGUAUGACUGGACCAAGCUGGACCCCUCCAGCCCCGACACCAAGAAGCUGGUGCAGGACUACUUCUCGUGGACUGGCGUAGACAAGAAGGGCCGCAAAUUCAACCAGGGCAAGAUCUUCAAGUGAGCGUCGCCUUGAUUUACCUAAACUGUAUAAAGUACUUGCAUUUAUUUUGUAUUGUACCGCUGUCUUUGCCCCACCAGAGACUCGUGUCUUUGUACUCCUGAAUGGGCAGUUAAAAUAAAUUGUUUUUUAUUUAUGCACAUGUAUAUCUUUUCUUUAUGAAUUUCUAAAGGCAACAAUAUUCCCUUUGAGACUACUAUGCUGUAUUAAAAUUAUGUAUCCAUGGUCCAAUUUAGUACUUUUUUAUUCUAACUGCUGUUUAAAUAGAAGGGUAAUUAAGUGCACAGUUACAGUGUUCGCAAAAUUGUUACAAAUAAACGAUUAUGUAUAAUGUAAAUUGUUUUAUGGU